CAAAACACAGAAAGAAAUGUGGCAACACUGCUCACUAGCAAAAGUUUUCCGCCGAUCAAGUAUCCUUUCGGCGUGGUUUUUUUCUGUCGCAUCAGUUUUUACAAGAAACCAACUGAAAACAUACGAAAAAUGGCUGGUCCAAAUCGAGGCAUGCCCGGUACCCAUCGGUACACGCAGGCGGAUUUACGGCCCACCCUGCGGGAUCCCCGGUGCAGUCCCCAGUUUCCGCUGGCCUGCUACUGGCCGGUGUACUUGGGCAACUUCUGGUGCGACGUUUACCCGCAACAUGCCACCAGAAUUCAGGAAUACUUCGGCUCCAAAGGGCUGCUGGUGCGGAUGGUUUUCGCCCGGAACGAAUACCUCGAUCCGUACUUCAAGGAGCAGAAGCGUUGCAAAUGUUACGACUUUCUCGUAUAUUUCGUGAGCCAGCAGGACGCCCAGGAUGCGGUUUACUUUUGCAACCGGGACAUGUAUUAUGGGCACCGACUGAACGUUCUGCCGGGCCGCACGCCCGUGUCUUUCGAUGUUGGGAAAAGCGCCAAGCAUACGCUUGUGCAACCCGAUCGUAUGAAAAUAUCGGAGCAAGUUUUCGAGCGCUACAUCAAUGAGGUUUCUGGCGCUCAAGUUUCGUGCGUUGUGCGACAUACCAGAGAAGACCUCCUGGUACAGUAUGCCACCCCCGAGGACCGGCACAAGGCCAUCCAAACCUGCCAGAUCGGCGUGCCAGGAUUGAUCUUCAUCUAUCAGGCGAAACAACGUUUUCUGGAACAGAACGUCGAAAUGGAACUGGUGAAGUGGAUUCAAUCGAAUCCAAAGUUCAUGGACAUGCUUCCGCCGUCCCACGUUUUGCAAGCAUUGUUCAACGGACGUAUCCCAGACGUUGACCAAAUAUGGAUAACUGCCGACACGCUGCCGCCGUCUAAGAAACUAAAAGUCGAAGGUCGCAAGGAGUAUAGAAGAAUAUUGAAUCGACGCAUCUGCGGCCAGGCUCGCAAUCUAUUCGGAGUGUUCUGCGAGUUCGAGCACUUCGUCUCAGAUGAAGUACAUGUGGCACGUAUUCAACGGAAAUUGUUGAAAAAGAAGGAAAAACGUGCGAAACGGAACCAGAUGAAUAAAAAUGGCAGUGAAAGAUCAAAUUGAUUACCCAGCGGUAUGAUGGUAUUGCCGUAACAUGUUGUUAUACUCUUUUUGUUUUGCCUAUUCAAUUGAAUUCGAUUUAAAAACGUAUUCGCAUAAUCAAAUCAACGAGAAUUUGAUGGAGAGAUCUUACACAUCACAGACAUGUUAUUUACAUAACUCAGGUGAAUUUGAAAUAAUAAAUGCUUUUUUUUCCACUUUUCGCA